UGUGUUUAGAUUCACCACCAGCAGUGCUACAACUGGUGGCAGAUUUUCUUGUUCUUUGAGGACUUUUGCUUUGUUUGUUUCUUAGAACCGCACUUAGUGUGCACUAAUGUGUACAUUUCAAGGAGUUUAUAUUCCCAUCUGCCCAACACUCAAACUUUUUUGAGCUUCAUUGCUAAAAAAGCCUUGCGGCAAGUUUUCAUGUCCUGGACUCACUUUACACAAACAGAUAGGAGUUGCACGCUUGUGUCCUUUAGGCCUGACUGACAGCUGAAACCAUGGCAACAGUAAGGGAGGAGGAGAUGCUUGAGAGUCAACUGAGUAUAGAGGACUUCAUCAAGAUGCAGAGUCUGUUUCAGUCAUGUAGUGGCUCUAGUGAUGCAGUAACCAUGCAGCGGGAGGAAUUUAUAGACAAGUUCUACUCCAUGAUUGGCCGCGGCUCACGGGAGGAAUACGAGCGUUUAUUUGACAGUGUGGAUGUGUCCAGGGAGGGCUGGGUGGACUGGAAUCACCUAGCAUCUUACCUUCUUCUGGGACUUUCAGAGAAACAAGAGCAAGCUGCAAUGUCUGCAGUGCCACGUUGGUGCCCACCUCGCCUUCUGUCUGCCCCUCACAGAGGGCAAAUCCAGAGUCUGGUAGACCUGGGCAGAGGCCGUUAUCUGAGUGUGAGUAAAGAAGGCAUGAUGGCUGUGUGGGCUGAGAAUCUAACACUGCUCAAAAGCCACAAACUUGACAAUGAUUCAGUCAAACCCAAAGACCUCUGGGUUACGGGUAUGGUGGUGCUGCCCAAUGUCCACAAGCUUGCUGUUUCUUUCACCAGUAAGGAGAUCUGCUUUUAUGAUCUGCUCUCUAAGAAAGAGUUCAGCUGUCAGUAUAAAAUUCAUAGCCUGCGUCACACUCCCAUCUGCAUCCAUUAUUGGUAUGAUCCUGAGAGACCUGAACACGCCGUGCUCAGCUUUGGAGAUGUUGCAGGACAGGUGAAUGCGAUGUGUUUUAGGUCAGCUGUGAUCUCUCUGUUCGAGAGGCCAAGUGCAGGUGUGGAACAAAAUGCUGCCAUCAGUAUCAGGUGGAGUGAGUUACAGCAGAACCGCCAUCGCUGCUGUUACACCGUCACACACAGUGCACAUGCAGCACACUGGGUCAGGAGCGUACGAUUCCUCGGCACUCUGGAAGCUUUUGUCUCCUGCAGUGGCUCUGCUCAGAAAAGUAUGGUGUUGGCAUGGAGAGACACAGACGCCCGUCCUUUGCGAACCACAACCUUUUACAUAGAAAAAGGAAUUAUGGAUCUGGACUAUCAUCCGGGACUUAAUCUCAUCGCUACUGCAGGUCUGAAUAACCAGGUUUGUCUGUGGAACCCUUACCUGGUCUCUAAACCUGUUGGCAUACUUCAAGGUCAUGUUACUAGCGUAGUGGCAGUUCAAUUCAUGCUAGGAAAGAAGCAGCUGAUUAGCUUCUCUAAAGACAAGGUCUUGAGAGUGUGGGAUGUGUCCACUCAUCUGUGUGUACAAUGUUUGGCAGGGCUUUUCCCUAAAGCUCAGGAAUGUAAAAUGCUCCUGUUCUUCCACGAGGAGAAAUCACGCCUCUUCCUUUCCUUUAACAACACUCUGUUCUUUCUUCAAGCACAGAAAGAGGAUCGAAAGAGAGUGAUGAGUCACGAGAAUGCUGUCACCUGCGUUCUCUACAACUCUCUGUUUAGACAGGUUAUCAGCAGUGACGCAAACUCCAGUGUGAAGAUUUGGCUCAUGGACACUGGACAGAAGGUCAAGCACUUUCCCUGUUGCCAUGGCAAUGCUGAGAUCACCACCAUGGCCCUUGAUGCAACACAGACAAGACUCUUCACUGCUGGCACGGAUGGAGCAGUAAAGGUGUGGGAUUUCAAUGGGCACUGUCACCACAGACUGAAUGCAUGCCGAGACCUGGCAGUAGACAUCUCACAGAUACUGGUGAUGAAAAGGACAGUGUUGGUGCUUGGCUGGGACAGGGUGAUCACUGUGUUCAGGAUGAACUCGUUCUCUCGCUUCUUCGUACAGCCUUCAGAGUGGAAAGGCGGCGUUCAGCAUCGUGAGCACAUUAAGUGUGCAGCAUUUCAAGCCCCUCAGACCUUAGUUACUGGUGGUAGUGAUGGUGAGAUAAUAGUCUGGAACAACAGCACUGAAAUUUCCAUACGCAAACUAUACAAAAACACACAACAACAAAACUGCUCAGACAAACCUUUAACUAGUACUCCCAGCACUGAAGAAGCAAGUACAAAUUCCAGUGAAAAAGACUUAGAGAGUUAUGAUGUGACCAGACUGGCUUUCCUUGAAGGACGAAAAUCUUUUGCUGCAACAGGUGGAGCUGAUCUGCUGUCAUGUGGUGGAUCAGGGAUUGUGUGCUUCUGGAAUACAGUAAAUGCUCAAUUAGUUGGCAAGUUUCUAGCACAUGAAGGCUCAAACUCCAUUAUAAUGACCAUAGAUGGCAGCGGUCGUUACCUGGUCACAGCAGAUAUGGGUGGAGUGCUGAAAGUGUGGGAUAUCCAGGAAUAUUGUCUCCAACCAUCUGAGAGUAUAAUCGAUCAGGAGCCAGAGUUACUAUUGAGCCUCCAACCUCAUGUUGACCGCAUCACUCACUUGGAAACAUGUGUCCACAGUGGCCGUCUCUUUCUCCUCAGUGCAUCGGCUGAUUGCAGUCUGGCUCUCAGCUUCCUGCCUGGAGGUACUAUUGGGACAUUUGGGCAGGACGUGCACUGGAACCUAGCAGGAAUCAGUGAAGCAUUUGUGAAGAAAGAGCAGGAAGUGAGCACAGGUUUUGGUACCAAAGUGAGUGGGACAGAAACAGUUCUGCAGGGAACACAGCCUGAACAGAGCUCCCAACAUGCUGAGAGAUCAGAGAGCAAUACACAAUCAGAGGAGGAGAAAGAAUACACACUACAUCUACAUACCCUUGAUGAUGACACCACUGGACAGAGAUCCAGAAGAAUCCACAAAGCUUUGAGGCAUCAUAAUGAAAGCACACAGCAUCAAAAUGAUAGCAGUGCCUGCAGUACCUCUAUUAGAAUAUUCAGCAAACUAAGAGUGGAGGAACUGGCCUCAAUAGAAGAACUGAGCAAACCUGACUUCAUCAAAAAUCCUCAUUUAUAUUUUGGGAAGAUGUGGGAUUCAUCUAUUCCAACUCCUCCACCUCUUCCUGUCAUUAGAGAAAAUUUAAAAGCGCCAUUUGAUGAAAAGAGUUUGUUUCCGAAAGAACUGCUGGAGCAGGUGGACAAGCCCCGGCGUUAUUCACAGAAAGUUGCUAUGAUUAGAAAAUAUGGGAGAGCCAUUAGGAGUAUGGGGAAAGCCAAAGCCAGUACCUCUGGAGUCGACAAAACCAAAUGAACAUUUUUUCAAUAAAGAGUCUUACUGUGCAUUAUUAUUACUAUAAAUGAAAACCUUUAAUUUACCUAGUAUUAUUGUAUUAUGCCUAAUUAUUUAUGAUUGUGAUGAUUAUGAUUUAAGUGAAUGUGUGUCCUUGAAGAGUGUUUUCUCAGUGUUUUCAAGUGUGUAUCAACUCUUAUGUCACUAAUUCCUGUGUGUUUGGGUGUUUCUGGGUUUGAAUUGAC